AUGGAACAGAUUUUAUCAGAGAAAUUUUCAGGAAGGGAUCCGGAUCUUAUUGUCCUGGAAGAACUCCGAAAGACAUUCAUGCACGAUGUUCAAAUGUUUUGUUAUCCCAAAACUAGGCAUCGAGUCGAGAAAUACCUCGCUCCCGGGAUAUCAGAAUUUUAUAAAUUCUACUUCGACAUUAACAAAGACUCUAUGAACCACGGGGAUGUUUUGGCUGAAGUUAUCCAUACACUAUAUCACAUCUCCCGAAUAGUAAUGGUGAACAUUAAUGAGGACAACCCAAAUAAUUUCGCGGGUGUUGAUUGGAGCCAACUGCUACAUAUGUUUAGGGUUCUACACCACAGGUACGUAGCUAGCAGGGAUGAGAUCUUAGGGCGGACUCGCCUGAUCCUGCAUACAUGGAACGAGUCACAACAACAGAAAAAAGAUAUCUUCUUAGAGAAUUUCAACUUGCUGAAGGCAAUACAAAAGGUUUCUGAACUAGGAACUUAUAUCUACGAGUUACUCGACUUUGCCUAUUCUCCGCGGCGUCAUACUAUACUGCAGAAGGACAUUGAAAUCAUAUUUGUGGAUUCUAUUGUCGAUCCGGCACCAGAGCCCUAUUCUCACCACGAAAUGACGGCACUCGUGAAACGUGUCUUUGACACUGCGUGGUACGACCCUGGUACAAACUUUUACGAAAAGAUUCUGGCCGCCCACGAACGACAAGCCAAACCCGCGGAUCAGGCAGUAUUAUCAGUGAGAGCAUCGUCACUUUCGGUGCAUCCUGAAAUGGCUUUGUUGAUUUACCACCACCAACAGUUCGCAAAGAAUCACUCAAAUCCCGAAUUCACUGCCCCAUUUGAGUAUAUCGCGGUUAACGGGAGUCCAUGUAUUUGCUGUCGAGCUAUGAUGGACGCAUACUCGAAGGCAACCAACCGCUCGUUCAUCCUUUACGGACAUAACCCAAAACUCUGUGCUCCCUGGUGGGCCGCAACUGAUUGCUUUGAGCCAAAAUUGGCGGCUGCCAUGAAGAUGAUCUUUUAUCGGAACAUAGUAGGGGUCUACACAGAUCAGAUGCGUGAGCCUGAAGAACUUGGUGUAAAGAAACAGGAUGGGUUCUAA